AUACCAGUAUGUGUGCUGUACCUAAAAAUAGGAGGAUGAGAGCAACUUCAUGGUGCCCAGUGCAUCAAGCAACAGCUGGUACCAUGUAAACACCUUAGCAAGUUGCUGCACUUGUCCAGUUGGUGUGACCGGUGCUCCAUGCAAGCACCAAAGCGCAGUUAUGCAGACAUUUAACGUCACAGAGGCAGUCCCUGUAACCACCACAUCUCUUCUGAGGCGGCUUUUCCAUGGAAUCGCCUCUGGGGGUAGCACUCCAGAGGACUGGUUUGAGACACUGGCUUAUGAAAAGGCUGUGGUGGAAGAAGAUGGGUGCUGUGGGUGCGAUGAUGGAGAUUCAGCUGGACCAGCUCCAAAGACCAUCUCAGACGACCCCCAGUCCCAUCUAGCUGAGGAAGCAGGAGCAAGCACAUCAGAGGAAGUUGAGGAGACAGCAUUCCUGGAGAAGCAGCUUGAAGACAUUGUUGGGCUCCUGAAGCGCAAGCUGCGUGAGGAUACAACCUUCACUGCUCCAGUGAAAUCCUUUGUGGACACAUUUGGGAAGCUCCACACUGACAGUGCUGUACAGUCAGCAUUGUUUUCCUUCGGGAAAAACGAUCGAGGGCAGUCUAGUGUUCGUGCAAGGCCGAGGGGCUUCCUUCAAACGAGUGCCACUAUAGGUGUCCAACCGACAGCGGUGUCCCGGAGAAAGGCAGCUUUGGGUGGUAGGAGAACCCUUGGAGCUGGCAGACCCCCAAAGAGCUCCAGAAAGGAACAUGGGUACUCCAGACAAGGCAGACCAAAGGGUGUACCACACAACCUCUGA